GCCAACCCAGCCGCCAUCAGAUGACAAGUUUUCGGGGAAGAGUCGUAUUUAUGACUGGUGUGUAGCAGCUAAGAACUCUCUGACCUCCACCAAAGCAUCUAAUGGAUUUGAACAAGUUUCUAGCCAGACUGUCAGUGUGUCAAGCUCCAGCGAAAACAACAUGGCCAAGAUGAAAUAUCAGCAGCAGAAGAAAAAGAAAGAGCGGCCAUUUUGGUGGGACGAAGAUCAGAGUGACAGUGACGCCUAUUGGGACGAGUGCUUCUCUGAAACCGCGCCUUUUUCAAACGGACCAGUGGGAAAGCAGAACAGGACGGACAUUGCCAUGAAUCUAUGAGAAAGAGAAACUGUACCCCAGUGGCAGGCUUAAAUCCACGGACAGCCGUUUCCGAAAACAGCACCGUCACUAGCCUUGAGUCAGACGAACAGAGGUCGCUUUUCAAAGAUGAGAGUCUCUUCACCAAACAGAACACCGGACCUAACGCCUGCAGAAAUAAUAACAUGGGGGAAAAGGACAGCAGUCAUCAAACCUUGUUGAAGGACGACAAGAGCAGUUCCAGGAAUGUCCUUGAGCAAAGUCCCUCUACCGAAACCAAAACAACCGAUAAGGAUGAUGCGGUUCUGAUGUCGACUCUGUUUAAAGAGAGCCGAGUCAAUUCAAAAGAUCAGAUCUUCAAGCGUGAGUGGCCACCAAAGGAACCAGCAAGACAGAAUAGUCCCGCCCUUGGCGGCUCGAGUCGAGAGCAACUUGUGACAGCUCGAAACCGUACCUGGUUGGACAGGCAACCCUCCAUCAGUCCAGUCGAUUUCAACGACAGUUUUUGGGAUCAGUAAAAAAGCCUUUAACCAAGGAUAACUUUACGACAGUAAA